CCUUGUGGAGCGCGGCGGCGGCAGACGCGGCGGCGGCGGCGCGGCGCAGGCACCCGCCAGAGGAGCGGCACCAUGAGCGGGUCACAGAACAAUGACAAAAGACAGUUUCUGCUGGAGAGACUGCUGGAUGCAGUAAAACAGUGCCAGAUCCGCUUUGGAGGGAGAAAGGAGAUCGCCUCGGAUUCUGACAGCAGGGUUACCUGUCUCUGCGCCCAGCUGGAAGCUGUUCUGCAGCAUGGCUUGAAGAGGAGCCGCGGAUUGGCGCUUACAGCGGCGGCGAUCAAACAGGCAGCAGGCUUCGCCAGCAAGACGGAGACAGAGCCCGUGUUCUGGCACUACGUGAAGGAGGUCCUCAACAGGCACGAGCUGCAGCGCUUCCACUCCCUGCGCCACAUCACCUCCGACGUGGGCCGGGGCCGCGCCUGGUUGCGCUGCGCCCUCAACGAGCACUCGCUGGAGCGCUACCUGCACAUGUUGCUCGCCGACCAGGGAAGGCUCAGCACUUUUUAUGAAGACUGGUCUUUUGUGAUGGAUGAAGAAAGGUCUAGCAUGCUUCCCACCAUGGCAGCUGGGCUGAACUCCAUACUCUUCGCAAUUAACAUCGACAACAAAGACUUAAAUGGGCAGAGUAAGUUUGCUCCCACCGUCUCCGACCUCUUAAAGGAAUCAACGCAGAACGUGACCUCCUUGCUGAAGGAAUCCACUCAGGGAGUGAGCAGCCUCCUCAGGGAGAUCACAGCCUCUUCUGCUGUCUCCAUCCUCAUUAAGCCCGAGCAGGAGACCGACCCGUUGCCUGUUGUGUCCAAGACCGUCAGUGCUGAUGCCAGAUGUAAAAAGGAACGGAAGAAGAAAAAGAAGGUGACCAACAUCAUCUCGUUUGAUGAGGAGGAGGAUGAGCAGACCUCUGGGGAUUUUUUUAAAAAGCUUCCUGGGACAGGGGAGAGCUCGGAGGAGAACUCCGACCGGUCCUCGGUCAACAUCAUGUCGGCUUUUGAAAGCCCCUUUGGGCCGAAUUCCAAUGGCAGCCAGAGCAGCAGCUCCUGGAAAGUGGACUCCCUUUCUCUAAAUGGGGAGCUUGGGUACCAGAAGCUCGAUGUGAAGAGCAUCGACGAUGAAGGCGUGGAUGACAAUGAGGACGAUGCGUAUGGGGACCCAUCAGGAAGGAAGCGUGCGGGCCACCUGGGAUCACCAGAGAAGCCCCUGGAUGGGAACACCUGCCUCUCCCAGGUGCACAGCUGGGCUCCGCUGCAGGUGCUCCACGGCGAUGCUGAUGUCCUCUUCCCGGUCAGCGGUGUGGGCUCCUACAGCCCGGCAGAUCCCCCCCUGGGAAGCCUGGAGAACGGAACAGGACCUGAGGACCACAUUCCCCCAGAGCCUGGGCUUCGGUACAGUGUGGACGCUAGCCCUCCAGCCCAAGGAAGUCCUCUGAGCAGCCUCUUGCCUUCUGCAUCGGUGCCAGAAUCCAUGACGAUUAAUGAACUACGACAAGCCAUCGUGGCCAUGAUGAACAGAAAGGAUGAGCUGGAAGAAGAGAACAGAUCCCUGCGGAACCUGCUUGAUGGCGAGAUGGAACAUUCGGCUGCGCUCCGGCAGGAGGUGGACACCUUGAAAAGGAAGGUGACUGAGCAGGAGGAGCGGCACACCAUGAAGGUCCAGGCUUUGGCAAGAGAAAACGAGGUGCUCAAAGUCCAGCUGAAGAAAUAUGUAGGAGCUGUCCAGAUGCUGAAAAGAGAAGGCCCUACAGCUGAAGUUGUGCCAAAUCUUUGGAACGUUGAUGGCGAAGUUACAGUCCCUGAACAGAAGCCAGGAGAGGUUGCUGAAGAGCUUGCAAGCUCUUACGAAAGGAAGCUCAUUGAGGUGGCAGAGAUGCAUGGAGAGCUGAUCGAGUUCAACGAGCGCCUGCACAGGGCCUUGGUGGCCAAGGAAGCUCUGGUGUCCCAGAUGAGGCAGGAGCUCAUCGACCUCCGGGGCCCGGUGCCUGGAGAUUUGAGUCAAACAUCCGAAGACCAGAGUUUGUCGGAUUUUGAAAUAUCUAACCGGGCGCUGAUCAACGUCUGGAUCCCGUCGGUGUUCCUCCGCGGCAAGGCAGCGAAUGCAUUCCACGUGUAUCAGGUCUACAUCCGGAUAAAGGACGACGAGUGGAACGUCUACCGGCGGUACACGGAGUUCCGGAGUCUGCACCACAAGCUGCAGAGCAGGUUCCCCCAGGUGCGGGCCUACAGCUUCCCACCCAAGAAGGCCAUCGGGAACAAGGACGCCAAGUUCGUAGAGGAACGGAGAAAGCAGCUCCAGAGUUACCUGCGCAGCGUCAUGAACAAAGUCAUUCAGAUGGUGCCCGAGUUUGCUGCCAGCCCCAAGAAGGAAACCCUCACCCAGCUGAUGCCCUUCUUUGUUGACAUCACCCCUCCCGGAGAGCCCCUGAACAAGAACAGCCGGCCCAAAGCGGCUUCCCGCUUCCCCAAGCUGUCCCGUGGUCAUCCCAGGGAGAUGCGCAACGUGGAGCCCCAGAGCGGUGACCUCUGACCUCAGCAGAAUCCAGAUCCCAGCCACUCUGUCCCUGACUUGGCCAUGGCAGCUGGCCUGACACUUUGGAGUGAUGACCACGUCUACCUGGUCAACCCAGAGAGCACACCUUUCCUGCCGGCCACAUGCCACCCUGAUUAAACUGGUCAGUCUCAGAGCUGCCAGGCCCCUGUCCUGAGAGUGCGGCGGUUCCUCGUUGGACAGACUGGCCACUGCUUGCCAAGGGCAGCAAAGCCACCUAUUCCUUGCUCGGGCUGGGGGUCCCCAGGUAGAAUGCACAGUGCCCAGGCUCCACAGGCAGUCCCCUCAGAAACCACCCGAGCCUCUUUCCCACGCGGGAAUUGGCCUCUUUUGAACCUGACCACCUGGCUGUACCCUAUGGACAGACAGAGCUCUGUUACCCUCCAUCAGUGGUCACUGGACACCCCGGUGGUAUCACUCCUGUGGGCAGACAUUCCCACAGACUGUGAUGGAGCCACCAGUGACAUUGAACUUGGGUGCUUGGCUGCAGGAAGUAGCACCACCUAGGAACCCUGAGGCCACGAUGCAGCUCGUCGGGCUGGGUGUGGGCUCCGAACCUCCAACCCAGGCCUGGCCAGGCACUGCUGGCCUCAGGUCAUGGACCUGGCUUGGGGGAGCAGUGCAGGUUUAUCAGACCCAGAUCCAUCUGUAAACGGCACCUGAACAGAUCAUGAUUGUUCCCCAAAGACAGUUUGUGAUGCGCCAUCUGUCCCCUUCCAGUGGGAAUGGAACCCUUGUCCCUCCUGUCACAGGGAGCAGGAUGACAGCGCAGCAGCCCCCUCGGUCCUCUGCCAGCCUGGGUCAGGUGGCUCCACCUCAGAAUCAUGGCACCUCCGCACUGAGGGCCUGUGCGAGGGCUGGGCUAGAGUGUGUGGCCCCGUGCCCACUGGGCCAUCGUGGCCUGCAUGGAUGACAGGCAAGGGAGGGGUCAUGCAAGGCCAUUGUGGGCUUGUGCUUGAACCCUCUCCGUUCAUUGGCUGAAAUCUCAAUGAGCCACCGGUGUGAGCACAGAGCACUUCCUAAGGAAGCAUCACCCAGAAGACUCCUGUGGCAGGGUCCCCAGUGCGGACAGGGAAGCCAUCAACAUGCCCAGCAGAGCAAGAGGCAGCCGAGGGCUUCGUGGGGCCCUGCCGUCAGCUUGCAGGUGCCAGAAUUGCUGGCGUACGCGGCCUCACUGAGCAGAGCAGCCCUGGCCCCUGUGAACACACAGCCCUCGAGGGCAGGGGCUGGCUGCAGGACUGUCUGUCCACCAUCUCCCCUGACCAGGGGGUCUACGCCGAGAUGGCCUCUUUGUCCUGCUGUGUUCCAUAGGGUGGACCCUCCUCAGACACCCGAUCAGCAGGCAAGGAGUGCACUGGCCUUGCCCUCCCCAGCCACCCCACCAGGAACCUCCUUCAACAACAUUCUGCACAUGAACUUCAAAGAAAUCGCCCGAGAGCUACAGUCAACUGUCUGCUUGUCCUUUAGUUAUUCAUGGAAAGUGGGUCCAGCUCUCCAUGACGUGAAUUGUAAGAGGAUGUGCCCAAAGGCUACGGGAAUCCCAUGGUUUGCGGUCUGCCCCCGCUUCUGAUCUUGGAAGCCCUGGAAUGGCAGUCAUCCCCUCACAGGCGUUCAACGCACACGUAACCCCCACUGAACUCUGAGCUUUCGUCGCCUGUUUUUUAAAGGCACAACACCCCACCUGCCACCAUUCUAUCUGUCCGGUUGAUAACAGAGGCCUACCUGGUGCCAGCCGGACAACGCAUAGGAAGGAUGACCACCGUCCUCUCGGUGGGUCCUGCACAGCAGCUGUGGGCUGCGUUUCCUGAUGCCCGAAUCUGGGGCCCUUGCUUUCUCUCAGUUCUGCAUGGGACAAUUUGUCACUCUGAGGAUGGGGUCACAGCAUUGCAGGCCAUGUUCCUGCUCCACCUGUCUGCAGCCUAGAGACACCAGCUGACCUGUCCCAUGAAGGCCAGGCCCUGUUCUCUGGGGUCCCCCUAAACGCCCUCCCCAGCACUGUCAGCCUCUGGACACCCCACCGCCCCCCCGCUCCAGCAGCACCUUCUGGCCUUGGUGUGCGACUGAUGGGCCAGACCCUGCCCGAGAAAGACCUGGCCACUGGCAUCCCUGCCCCAUGAGGCAGCCUGGCUGGGAGGGCGUCCCAGGAGAGCCUCACGCUCGCGUCUCAACCCCAAAGGCAAUAACUGUCCCGACAGCUCAGCACUUCACCCUGGACAAGGCCGGGCCCUUGGCACCCACUUACGAACAAGGUCUUUUGUAAUGAACGUUUUUCAAAAUAUUGUGCAUUACAUCAUAAAGCUAAUGUUAAAUAUUUGCUAUUCCGAUCAGCUAAUCCUGCACAAAGGUAGCACUGUAUAUUUUAUCUAACAUUUCUGUGCCAAAAAGUUCAUUUUAAUGUUUCUGUAACAGUUUCGAUUAUGUUUCUGUAACAAAGCCUCGGCUACUGGAUCAUAGGAACGAGGUGCACCCUCAGGCUCCUAGCUCCAAGCAGACCAGACCCCACAGCUCGCCCCAGUCCUCGAAGGGCUCCGGUUCCCCCGUGUGUCUCGUGACAGCCACGUCUCAAUUUUGGGGGCUCAAAGUUCUGUCCCUCAAUUAUUACAAGUUCAACAGGCCUCCCUGGACCUGAAGGUUGUAUUAGGAGAGAAAUCCACAUUCUCUCAAAGUGGGUGAACCUGUGCCACGGGGACACCCACUAGAAGCCGCUGGAGGCCCAGGGCUCUGCUUCCCUCCACUGCCCGUGUCCCACCCUGCUUGGAAGCCACUAGCUGACCCAUGCAGGCCAUCCCCGGUUCUCUGCCUGGAGAGCGGGGAUUCCGAGGGUGGCAGAGGAACUAACUGGCCUUUCAUCAUCUCAGUCACCUAGAAAGGAUGGCGUGACCACUGCAGCCUGGGCAGGGGGGGUGGGCCUCACCUGGCCCUGACAGAGGAGUCUUGAGCACAGACCCUGGGCCCCCGAGCCUGGGCAGAGGUGACCAGGGCACAGAGUGGGCCUCAGUGGGCAGGCUCCUAACUACCCUCUUACGUUAUGGUUUACACGAUAGAAUUUUUAAACAAAAAUGUUUAAUUUUCUAAAAUCUCUUGUAUUAAAAUUUUCUUUUGGAAUAAGCUGUGGUAAUUUUGUUACAAUCUGGUUGAUUAAACCUCUUUACAGUGACAAAAUAAAAACGGCGACAUUUUGUAAGUCA